AUGUUAUCCUCAUCGCUAAAGUUUGACAUUACUACUUUGCAAUCACUAUCAGCACUUGCUUCCUCCUCCGAUAAUCCUGCUCAUCAUUCUUACACUAAGCGUGACAAUGAUUCUAAUGUGGAAAUACCUGCCAGUGGUGGUAUGUGCGACUUAUAUGGAGUCCUUGAAGCUGUCAAUUCACUGUCCAGUGCCCAUGAACCAACUGACUCUGAAGCCAGCCUUGUACUUGAUCUCGUAAGAGCAAAGCAAGAUGUUUUCCGAGCACAGAAGACACUCGCAGACUGUGUGCUAUGGAAGAACAAGGUUUCCGCGCGUCUGCUCAAGUUUCAAGCAGCAGCUGUCGAGAAGAAAAUCGAUGAGACGGACAUAGGGCUGGGAUGCAUGAGGAUUAUCUUUAAAGAUUGCGGUUGGUCUCACGUCACAUCCAGCCAUCCACCACAAGGACAAAGUCAGUCAAGUGCACAAGGCUCCUUCCCAGCCACUGCUUCGAGUGUGGAGGGCGGCAUACUAGGCAUGCGGUACUAUCCGAAAUCACAUGAACAAUUUAAACCCAGCACAACCUUAUUCCCCUCACACUCUCAGCAGCGGCUGGAAGAUAACACAUGUAAACAUGGUCAGCCACAUACUUGCCUUGGCUUGUCAUUAUUGUUGUGUGCUGCAUUGCAAGAUAUAAAUGAUGGCUUCUUGACAACGAUCCUUUUUGUGGGGACCAUAUUCGGCAUCGUCCUCAUUGUGAAACACCUCUCAGCGGCUGUUCAGAAUACGAGGCAAUUCGGUAUAAUCAAAGUCUUAGAUGCGACCAACUUCCCCCCCAGCGGCAGGGAUGACUCUCAGCACCACUUCAAAUCUAAGUCGAGCAGCAACCUGUUAUCGGCAGAUAAUGGCUCUCACAGCGCAAAGAUAUUUGGAAUACAGCAAACACACAGUGGGAUUCAAAUGAAUGUUCCAUUGUAUGACCCGCUGACCGCAAUGUGCUACUAUCCCAAACUCGUUCAAUUGUCUAAUACAAAAAAUACCUAG